AUGAGGGAGUCCUUGCUCUCAUCACCUCUCCACUCACCCCUGAGUCAACAACGUUCGAGUCGCAGGAUCUGGCCUGAGCGGUCUGUCACAGACUUCUUAGUGAACAUGUUUCUGCAAUCGGUAAAUCGAGUUCUGGAGAUGAUCCACGCGGAGUCAUUUCAAUCUCAGUAUAUAGCAUGGUGGAUGAGACAAGAAAAUAAUGAAGCUGCCGGAGACACCAAGAUUUCAGACGAUGAUAUGAACUUUGGACUGCUGGUGAUUCGAAUAUGCCUCAUGAGUGUUCAAUGUCUUCCUCAUACUGGGUACCCUACAUCUACGACCGGGGUAAUAAAAACACAUCCAAGUCAUCUAGAGCAUUGGUUGUCCUCCAUAGCUGAUGAGCUAGAUAACUCGUUGCAAUCCAAGAAACCCACACUUGUGACCGUGCAGCAUCGAUACUAUCAAUUUUGUUAUUUGAACAACUACGCCAGAAUUCGAGAAUCUUGGUCUGCCCUCAGUGCAGCCGUGAAAGAUGCCCAUGAGAUUGGACUGCAUCUUGAGAUCUCCAAUGUCCCUCUUUCUGAGUUAGAGAAGGAAAUCCGCAGACGAACAUUCUGGAGCUUAUAUGUUGGAGAUCGUUAUAUGUCAACAUUUUUCGGGCAUUGGCCACUCAUCCCAGAGGGAUACAUUUACGUCGACCCCCCUCACGACAACCUCCAACCGCUUUCCAUAAACCCUUACGUCCUGACAUCAUUCACCGACCGAAUUUUCCACAUUAAAAUCACUCGCUUUGUCACAGCGUUCAUGAGUCCGCCUUUUUGGCAACACGAUCGAGUGGAUUCCAUCGCGAUAGCAGAAUUCACACGACAAUUCCAGCAAGUCAUCAUAGACCAGCUCCCUCCAGUAUACUGGUUACAUAACCCUGGAAAUACAUGGGACGCAAUAGAUCCAGCCAUCCCGGGCAAGAGAGAAAUGCUAAGCUUCAUCAUCUGGGUAACGAAAGCUUCUCUCUAUAAAGCAUUCGCGGAUCCUUCGAACAGUCUCCAACAACGAAACAGCCCGACUUUGAAAAACGGUUGUGAUCUUAUCGCUCUAUCCCACCGACGAACCUUCAUGGAUUGUUCCAGCAAAGUGAUUCGGUCAGUCGAUAACUUGUACCAUUUGAUUGGCGAUGAAGAAGGAGGCGCAGGCGAGAAAUUGUUUUUUGUUCCCGCCUGCCUAGUAGAAUCAUUGGCCAACCUGGGUGUAUGUCUACUCUCAAUUCAGGCAGAUGCGAAAAGCCUUGGGAUGGAUGGUAUCCAGUUCCAUAAUGAUCCCGAAAUCCGACGACAUUAUUUGUCAUGGUUUGAUGGAUUCAGUCUUUUGUGCCGACACAGUCAACGACAGCCUAUUGUUACGAAAGGUGUAACGAUGUUGGAAAGUCUGCAUGAGACACUACGCACGUUUUAUCAAACUGCGGAGCUGUUAGAUGCGCAGACUGCUCAGCAACUCGCUACUGGGUCCCUUGUUACGGGACAGAGAUAUGAAGCGGGUCAAUAUCAACUGGAGCAUGCACUGGUGUCGAUGCAUGCACAUGGCGGGAAGAGAAUCCAGCAAUCCUCUUCAUUCCCACUUCCUGCGUGGCUCCCUUCUUUUCUAGGCUCGCCAGGUCGGUCUUGGAUCUUCCAGGAUCCAGCGGCCUUUGCGGAUUUAAUGGGUUAG